AUGUUCAACGAUAUGCCGUCCCUCGUCGACGAUCCCAACCCUCCGUUCAUCCCUCCGCCCGCCGGUGCUUCCACAGGCGGUCAGCCGGGUUACUCGGGGUACUCAAACCCAUUUCCCGGCGCCUCAGCCUCAAAUUGGCCGGGGACACCAUACCCACGCCAAUCCGCACCCCUCGCACCUCCACCAACAAGCGCUCAAAGUUGGACGUUCGGUCAAACCAACCCCUGGAGUGCACCAGCCGCCCCAACAACACCAGCGGGGACGUGGGGCGGCAUGACUCCCGCUGGCUCCCUUCCACAAACGCCCUAUACCCCGUACUCCAACGCCCCUCCUGCUUCUGCACCUGCAGGGCACUACCCUCCGUUUCCCCAGCCCAACGGUUACCCACCGUUCUCUCAGCCCAACGGUUACCCGCCGUCCUCUCAGCCCAACGGUUACCCGCCGUCCUCUCAGCCCAACGGUUACCCACCGUUCUCUCAGCCCAACGUCGGUCAUUACCCCCAGUCCUCGCAGCCCAACGUCGAUCAUUACCCACCGAUCUCACAGCAUCACACAGGAUAUCCAUUAGCGCCGAAAGAAGAUCAAAGUGGGUGGUUCGGCUCAAGUUUGGGUAUGAAGAGGUCAAAUUCGUACCAGGGAUAUCCGAAGCGGCCUGGUGGGUUGGGUGCUUCGGGAGGGGGGCUAGGUGUGGGUGGAUAUCCGUCACCUACCGGAGGAAUGGGGAUGGGUGGGUACCCGUCACCGGCGGGAACGGGUCCGGGAGGGGUUUAUUUGGCGUAUGGUGAAGGAUUCGAUGAGAGGAACCUUGCGAGAAGGCCGAGGGAUUGGAGGGCGGAUUAUAAUGCGCGGCAGGGGAUAUCGUCUUUCUUGCCUAGAGUCGGUCGGAGUCGGUCCGAUGUUCAAGAAUUCUCCGACCCAACCCGCCGAAUCCUCCACCCUCUCCUUCAAUACACACCAACCCGUCCCUCAAUCUACCACGACCUCCGAGACGACCCCCUCAAGCCCAACACACUCGAAUUCCUCAACCUCCAGAGACCGCCCAACGACAUCGACUACGCCCAACUCGCCACCCAACCCCCCUCCUCUAUCAUGCGCAUCUACCACCCCUUACUCCCGUGGUACAUCGACGUCCAAAAGUCCCAUACGAACGGGAUAACCGUGUUCGACGUCUUGACGCAAAUAUGGCAGCAGUUGCAUACCGCUAUAUCAAAUAAACAUUACUGGAAUGAGGAGUUGGGAGCGCAGGAGAGGGCGGCGUUGAACAAUGCGUUUUGGGAGAGGUGUAGAGGCGUUCAAGAGGAGAUUUCGAGGGGGAUUAUGAGGAUUGAUUUCUUGGGCAGAAAGAUUAUUUUGAUGGGUUUCGUCAAGGGGAAGAAUGGGAUGUGGGAGAUGAAGACGAGGAAAGACGAUUCUCCUGUUACUGGUGCUAUGUAAAAUAUUAUACUACCUCUUAUGAAUUCCCCUUGUAUAGAGUAUCUAGCGAUCUACGUAUAUCCACUUGUAUUCACUUGCUAUCAAUACCUUUGUUAUAUUGGC